UAUAAGAAAACCCCUUGUGGUUUUUGCUUUGUUGAGUAUUACUCCAGGCCAGAUGCAGAAGAUUGUAUGAGGUACAUAAAUGGAACUCGAUUGGAUGACAGAAUAAUAAGAUGUGAUUGGGAUGCUGGGUUCAUAGAAGGUAGACAAUAUGGCCGUGGUAAAACUGGUGGACAGGUUCGUGAUGAAUACCGUACCGACUACGACGGAGGCCGAGGAGGAUACGGAAAAAUAAUAGCCCAAAAAAUUGCCCCCAAUACAUUAGAACGCUGAAAAUAAUAGUGUAUUAAGUGUGAGUUAAUUCUACAAGACUGUUACAAAUGUAAUAUUCGGGUUUGCAUUCUACCGAUCUGAAUGUGAUUUAUAAUAUUA